UCUCCUGCUCAUGAAAGAUCCGCCCACUUUUUUCUACGCAUGCGUGUCGCAUGCAGCCGUCAACCCCGCGCAGCAUGUCGUACAAUGGAACACGGUGGACCUUUUUCCUUCUCUGUUUUUCUAUAUUUUAUCUGAUAAUGGAAGUACAAUCGGGUUGAAGCACCAUGAGGAAAGAUGUGGUUGCGCUGUGAUUCGGGCUUCAACAAACGGGUUCGGUGGAAGAGGAGCCGGAACACGACUUGAUGUGUCGCAAAAUAAUCUCCACAAUGACAACAUACGACGCCGAAGGACAUUCUGUGGUGGUGGAAGUGAGCCCGGACAUCCACAUCUGUGGAUUCUGCAAGCAGCAGUACAACAAUUUCGAAGUGUUUCUGGCCCACAAGCAGAGUGGAUGUUCACUACCGACGCGUGACACCUCGGCGGUGGCUGCAGCAGUUUCCUCGCUGCCAGGCACAAGCAUAGAGGUGGUUUUAGAGAAAACCUUCCAGACGUGUGUCCUGAGAGGAGUUAAGAAGAUCCUAACCAAAUCCCAGAAGACCAAAAAGCUAAAAAGUGCACUGACAUCCAAGAGACACAGCUGUUGCUUCUCAGGCUGCACCUUUAAGACACAGUAUGGCCAAAAAGACAUGGAGCGACACCUGAAAACCCACACAGGCGAGAAGCCGUUUGAGUGUGAGCUCUGCCACAAGCGCUUCAGCCGUCGAGACAAGCUCAACAUGCAUAGCCGCUCGCACACAGGUGAGAAGCCUCACAAGUGCAAACUGUGCCCGUAUGCGGCGGCCGAUAGCAGCAGCCUGAAGAAGCACCUGCGAAUCCACUACGACGAGCGCCCCUUCAAGUGCCAGAUCUGUCCCUACGCCAGCCGUAACUCCAGCCAGCUCACCGUGCACCUCCGCUCACACACCGGAGACGCGCCCUUCCAGUGUCAGCAGUGUGACGCAAAGUUCAAGAUCAAUUCCGACUUAAAGAGACACAUUCGUGUCCACUCGGGGGAGAAACCUUACAAGUGUGACCUGUGCGAGUACCGCUGCGCCAUGAAAGGUAACCUCAAGUCUCACGUUCAGAUCAAACAUGGCACAGAGAACGCCUUCCACUGUGCCCAUUGCGAGUUUACGUGCGCCAAUAAGAUGGCGCUACGGCAGCACUCGCGCCAGCACCGGCCUGUUCAGCCCAUUCAGUGCUCAAAGUGCACAUACUCCUGCGCCAGUCGGGGGGCACUCAAAGUCCAUGAGAGGAUCCACUCGGAGGAGCGUCCGUUUAAAUGUGACUCUUGCAGUUAUGCCUCCAAGCAGCGGAGUAACCUGGUCAUCCACAAGAAAAGGUUCCACUCGGACACACCAGAGAAGAGUGGGGGGAAAAGGGCGGGUGUUGACCCUCCGAAAUGUGUCAGCUCUCGUUACCGGGCCAAGCUGGAUGCCACUCGAGCUUUCAGCUGCGGCUCAUGCAGCGCUUCGUUUGUGAGGGAAGACUCGCUCAGGAGUCACAAAAAGCAGCACAGAGAAAUGCAGAAUCCACUGCAGGUCCAAGUGGCCACCCCCCUCCCCCAUGUAAUGUCACCGCAUGACAGCACCCAGGUGGAAGUCCCAGUCCAGGUUGACUCGUUAGCCCCUUACAAUAGCACACAGCUCAAAAUUAUCGUAUCUUCUGCAGAGAGCCCCAACAAAAUGGUUCUAUUGAGUCCCGAACACCAGGACAUGAUGGUGAACUCCAUGAUCCAACAAGUCAAUCUGGUGGCACCUGUGCAGCCACCCGGAUUAUCCCAAAGCACGGAGGCCACGUUUAUACCCCAGACGGUCCUCUUGACACCGCUCCACUCAACUGAGGACACAAACAGCCCUCUGCAUCAGACUCUGGUCCACCCGGCAACAGGCGCUCAGGAGUCUAGUGUCGUCCCUCAAACGUUUAUCACCACCUGCACCGAAAUGGAGGACCUGAGCGCCUUGGUUCAAGAGGGUGGCGCUGAGGUGACUGUCAUGACAGAAGAGAACGCCGCCACAGUGACUUCGUUGGGUCCGACCGGACGGGCCCAGGCUGCGGGUGAGGGUCGAGGGCAGUGCCUGAGCAUGUGAGCAGCGCUGACCCAAUUGGAACUUUUUAUUGCAACAUAAGCUAUUUCUUUCCUAGGGAAGAACUAUUUCGAGGUCUGGUGUUCGCUUUACUCAAUGACUUGUGGUGACGCGAGAUUUAAAAUGGUCCUUUCAUUUCUAGAUUUUAGAAUACCUAAUUGGUGAUCUGGUCCUAUAAAAAUAGAACAUUCGGACUAAUGAACACUCAUAAGCAGAGAUGGGGAACGUGGACCGCGUAGAGCAUUUCAGUACAGAAAGCCAUUUGAGCAUUUAUUCAUUAUUCUUAAUCGCCAUUCUAUGGUCCGUUUACUAGUAUACACUUUGUCCUGAUUAAUGUACAAUAUUCUGGAUUACAUUAUUUCACACUAGUAGGAGAAUCUUGGCCUACUUCUAGCUAGUACAACUACAUGCUGUUAAAUGAGCCAAAGCUAGUUAUCUGCAUAUGUAUUAUGUAGGACUAGAUGUUAAUAUCCCUCUAUUUAUGCAUAUUUUGGCUCCAAUGAGGCUCUGUGGGAUGUUCAAAUAAGUGAUGGUACGCUACUGGUUAUCAGAGUAAGCGUCCUUCUGUCAUCAAGUGUUAUGCUGAUCGGCCCACGGCACUCUCAAAAGGGUUCAGCAGUAAAUCCCAGCGUCUCAGGUUCACCCCCCAAGUGCCAUCAAUUCUCCUAAAGGCCCAAUUGGGGUCUUUCCUCUUUAUCCACAGCCACUGGCUGACCUUUUCCACCGCCUUAGAGAGAUCUCUGACUGCCUGCCGAUGGUCCUUCCCUCGGAUUCCCAUCUCUCUGAGUAGCCUGGAUGUUGAGGGGGCUAUAAACCCUCUGCAGCCAACUUCCACCAUCCGUACCUCUGCUCUCCAGCCUUGCUGUGGCACUUCGGCCACAAGCAAAAUAUUUGCAUGAUGAGUGAAGUCCUCGAUUUAAGCUCGUAUAAUUUUGUCACUAAAAGCACUAGUAGCGCAGUUAACCAGUGCACCGUUUUGCCUCACUCGUAAAAUGUGCAGUAGUGUUCAAAAUAAUAGCAGUCCAAUGUGACUAACCGGAUUAAUUCAUGUUUUCAGUCCAUAUUUAUCACUACAUGUCAAACAAGUUACCAGUAGGGGCAGUAGAUUCUCGACAAACCAAAAAGACCCAGCAGGAUUCAUGACAUACACACUCUUAAGGCUGUGCAAUUGACCCCUCCGUGGAUAUUGCGCAAUCCGCGUCACUGACCAAUCAGAGGCCAGAGAUCUGCAUAGACCAAAGCCCGUUUUUGCUCCCGCCAUUUUCUCUGACAACAUUGAAUGGUCCAGUAUAGGUUUAGUUAGCGUUUUAUCGCGUAUUUGGGUUAUUUAACAAAAAAUAUGGUUAAGAGGUGUAGUCAGGGACUUUGUAAUAGUGACGACAGGUAUCCUGAAAGGCUAGUUGGUGGAGUUCGAUUCGUACCCUUUCCAAAACCGAAGACCCAGUACGAAAAAUGCCUUCGAUGGAUCAAACUUUGUGGAAGACCGCAUCAUCAACUAAAUCCAUCUAAUAUCAACCGGAACACAUAUGUUUGCACGAAGGUAUGCCCUAUAUUUGAUUUUCAAUAGAUGUCUUGUAUAAAUGAAUUCGAAGUUCUUCGCUAGCAUAACACUGCUGCGUGUGAACGAUUGACACACUUAUUCUUUUUUGAGCGAUAUUUAGUGAUGAUCGGACUGCACAAACGUAUUGAUUUCUUGCUGGCUCGCGGCCGAAGCUUAACCAGACUGUGUUUGCACGAAGAUAUGCCCUAAAUUUGAUUUUUAAUACACGUCUCGUAUAAAUGAAUGAGACGUUCUCCGCUAGCAUAACAUUGCUACGUGUGAAUGAUUGAAUGAAAUCAGAAGCAUGGCGUCUCUCUCAGUUAAGAAUGUAUUGUAUUUAGAAUCUAUAAUAUAUUGUUGAUUUGAAUGAAAUCAGAAGCAUAGAGUCUGUCUCAGUUCAGAAUGUAUUGUAUUGUAUUUGCCAUUUUUACUGUUUGUCUUACGUGAACGCACGUGGCGUGACGUCACUUCAGGAGGCGUGGUUAAGUGCCCUGUACGGAGGGGUCAAUUGGGCAAUUUCUUGAAAGAUGUGUGUUCAAAAAAAUAGCAGUGUGGCAUUCAAUCAGUGAGGUCAUCAAUUUUGUAAAAAAAAAAAAAA